CUCUGAUGCUUUGAGCAUUAGACUACAUAUUGUUCUUUUGGAUGAAAGUAAAGUCCUUACUGGUUAAGAAAAGCCAGUGUAUCCUCUCUGUGACUCAGAGGGAGAGGAAUGGUUAGGGUUUUAAGGCCAGCCCCCCAGCUGCUGGGUGAAAAAGAGGGGGGAGGGAAACGAAGCUUUCCAGCUGCCACAGAGGAAACGGAAAGGACGAAACACAGAAAAGUAAUUUCAAAACCUCGAGGCUGUGCUCAAGCAGCGCUGUAUGCGUUCCUCUUCUUGUUCUGAACCUUUACUAUCUCGUCCUGAAAUCUCCGCCGCUGUUUUCCUCCUCUACUACCAGCUGCGGUUGUGCUUUUUUCCCCCCUUCUUUUUCUCCGUGUGUGGCAAACAGCCUCCACCCCAAACAAGAGAGAGAGAGAUCUACUCCACAGCAAGGAGAUGCCCCCCAAGCCAGAGGUGAGGAUGAAUUUACUCAAGAGCUUUUUUGGGAUUGUACGCAUCCUCCAAAUCUUGCUGGGAGCUGGUCUUUGGGUCACCAUUGCAGCCAACAAGUAUGAAGGCUCUGUCCACUUUGUGCUGUUCGUGGCUGUGUUUUUCUGGCUCCUCACGCUGGCCCUCUUCUUCCUCACUUUGCUAGACAAGCAGGACCUCGUCCCCAUUGUAGGAGGAGAACGCUGGUUGUUAACCAACAUGAUACAUGACAUUGCUGCCACUUUGCUUUAUUUGUCUGUGAUUGGCAUCAUGAUCUACAAGACGAACAAGAACUCCUUCUGCAAUCUGAAACAUUACAAGGAAAUGUGCCUGUACACUGUCUACCUCAUCGGCUCAGUGUUCGCCUGCCUCACUGCCUGCGUCUAUCUUCUCUCUGCCAUCUACGGCUCCUGCAGAAAGUGCCAGGGCCAGCAGACUGUGGUGUGAUAGCCCAGUGUAGGCUCAGGACGAUGGAUGGACAGGGGAGGGAAGCUGCCUCUUGCUGAGAGGAAAAAUGCUCUUCCCCAGGUCACACACAAAUGGCUUUUGGAGACCAGAAAAAGAUCCAUUUGUUUUCUUUUAAAGCAGGGGGUUUGAUGCCCCUGUCUCAGGCUUCCAGGUUUGUCGAGUUUUAUACAGUAAUUUAAGUCAUACCUUCAGCAGCCGCACAAAAAAACAUAUUUUAUGGUUUUGUGUUUUUUUUUUUUUUUUCAAUCAAUGGGUUUAAGAUUUAACAACUCAUGUAACAGAAUUGUUUUCUUUCCUCCUACUGUUAGUGAGAAACCAGUUUGUUGCCUCAUGCUAAUAUGCCAAGUCUGUAGCAUUUUUUUUAAUGAUCUUGCCUAAAUCAGUGCCUUUUACAUACUGAAUUUACAUACAUAUGUGGAUGUAAAUGUAUGACUUACAGAAUGAAUAGCCUCAAGAUAUCAUAAAUAUUUUUGCUUAAAGAGCACAGCAGCAGUGUACAGUCUUCAAAAUACACAAUGUUAUUGUUUAACAUGAAGCAAAUGUUAGUCACAAAGCAAAUGUCAAAUACUGAAUAAAAAGGGAAAAAAAAUGA